AAUCGUAAAGUAGGCGAAUGGUAUCUACGGGGGUAGCCAAAGUUCCAGUGAAAAGGAAAGCAAAGGAAUGACCGGAGAGAUGCCACGGUUGCGCCCACCUUACCUUUUUCUUCUUCUUUUCUUCUCGAGCGUACCUCUCGAUCUACGCAUCCCCUAAUUCCUCCUCCUCCAUCUUCCUUCAGCUGCUUCCUGAAAAUUUUCGCCUUCCACCAAAACAUAAGAACAGAAAAGAGAGAGAGAGUGUGUGUGUGUGUGGAAAGGAAGCCUUUUUUUGGCUUCGGCAAAUUAAGUAGCUGAGCCAUCGUAUGAUAAUAACAAGGUGGCGCAAAGAUGAAACGAGAGCAUCAAGAGACUGGAGCAGGAGGUGGUAGCGGUUACCAUGUGGCGACGGCGGCGGACAUGGCGGGCGCGAAGGGGAAGAUGACGGCGGCGUCAUCGAUGGGGAUGGAGGACGACGACUGCGGCGUAGACGAGCUGCUGGCGGCGCUCGGCUACAAGGUGCGGUCGUCGGACAUGGCGGACGUCGCCCAGAAGCUGGAGCAACUGGAGAUGGCGAUGGCCAGCACCGCCGCGGCCGCAAGCGACGAUGCCUCGGUCCUCCCCCAGAUUGCCUCCGACACCGUCCACUACGACCCCUCGCACUUGGCCGCCUGGCUCGACAGCAUGCUCUCCGAGCUUAAUGCGCCGCCUCCCCCGCUUCCCCCUCCACCGCCCGUCGCCGCCGCCGUCCACCACCACCACCAUCAGAGGUUUGAUGUCUCCACCGCCUCUGCCGUCUCUGAGCCACCUGCCAUCACCACCGUUGCUCCACUGCGCCCAUCGGACGCCUACGGCUUCAAACCCGUUCCUCCACCGGCUGCCGCCUCCGGUGGCCGCGUUGUCUAUGGCUUAGAUCCCCAAUCUGAGAUGAUCGUGUCACCGAGAGAUCAGAAACGGAAGAGGACUUGCUCUCCUUCCUCGUCAUCUUCCUGGGGCGCAGAGGCUGGAAGAGCGAGGGGAUCGAGGACGGAAGGGGCGUCGUCCGCGAAGCCGGCAGCAGCGCUUCCAGUGGUGGUUGUGGACACGCAGGAGACGGGGAUCCGCCUGGUUCACGCCCUGAUGGCGUGCGCCGAGGCGGUGCAGCAGGAGAACCUCAAGGCGGCGGACGCUCUGGUGAAGCAUAUCUCGGUGCUGGCCGCCUCUCAGGACGGCCCGAUGCGGAAAGUGGCCGGGUAUUUCGCUGAAGCCAUCGCCCGUCGGAUCUACCGUCGCCGUCCUUUCUCCCAGGUCGACCGCGCCCUCGAUUCCCCGGCCUUGGAGGAUCUCCUUCACCUACACUUCUACGAGAGCUGCCCGUACCUCAAGUUCGCCCACUUCACCGCGAACCAAGCCAUUCUUGAGGCCUUCUCGGGCUGCCGUCGCGUGCACGUCAUCGACUUCGGGAUGAGGCAGGGGUUGCAGUGGCCAGCGCUGCUCCAAGCGCUCGCCCUCCGCCCGGGGGGGCCGCCGUCGCUCCGCCUCACUGGCAUCGGCCCGCCGCAAUCGGACCACUCGGACGCCCUGCAGCAGGUGGGCUGGAAGCUCGACAUGCUCGCCAAAACCAUCGGCGUGGACUUCCGCUACCGCGGCUUCGUGGCCUCCAGCCUUGCGGACCUCGAGUCUCGGAUGCUGCUCGAACGGGACGGUAGUGAAGGCGAUCGUGAUGAUGAGGGGGAGGAAGAGGCGGUCGCGGUGAACUCGGUGAUGGAGCUGCACCGGCUGCUGGCUCGGACGGGGGCGUUGGAGAAGGUGCUCAGGAUGGUGCUGGCGGUGCGGCCGCGGAUCGUGACGGUGGUGGAGGAGGAGGCGAACCACAACGGGGGCACGUUCCUGGAUCGGUUCACGGAGGCGCUGCACUAUUACUCGAGCAUGUUCGACUCGCUGGAAGGCGGCGGGGGGCAGGCGGCGGCGGCGGGCGAGGAGGAGCAGCACCAGAAGCACCGGGCGAUGGCGGAGGCCUACCUGGGGCGGCAGAUCUGCAACGUGGUGGCGUGCGAGGGGGCGGAACGGACAGAGCGGCACGAGACGCUGGGCCAGUGGCGGGUGCGGAUGGCCCGCGCCGGGUUUGAGCCCACCCACCUCGGCUCCAACGCAUUCAAGCAGGCCAGCAUGCUCCUCGCCCUUUACGCCGGCGGCGACGGGUUUCGAGUGGAGGAGACGGACGGCUGCCUCACCCUCGGCUGGCACACCCGCCCCCUCAUUGCCACCUCCGCCUGGCGAGUCUCCGCCGCCUCCGCCCACUGACCCGGAUCGCUCUCUCCCUCCCUCUGAACCGUCCGCUGCUGCUGCUCUUCCCUCGUGCCGGACCCACCGCCCGUGCGCGGGUCAGGUGGGUCCACGCGGUCCUCGCGGCAAUUGACGGCCAUGGAUUGGUGGGCACGUUGACCCAUCAAGGGUUUGCUCUCCUCCCGCUUGCUUAUCCCUUUUAUUCCCUAGUUUUGUUCUCUCUUUCUAAUAGAGUGUUAGUGAGUCUCACUGUGAUGUAAUAAUCCCACUAUCCAAGCCUCUAUCGCAUCAGUAACGCUACAUCCUCCUCCGCCUCCUGUCCAUCUAUCGAGUGAGGUUAAAUCGAAGAGGCAGUAAUAAUAUUGCCACGAUCUUUCUUA